UUACCAUGUUCUACUGGUGUUCCUCCCGUCCUUCACCAUGUUCUACUGGUGUUCCUCCCGUCCUUCACCAUGUUCUACUGGUGUUCCUCCUGUCCUUCAUGUUCUACUGGUGUUCCUCCUGUCCUUCAUGUUCUACUGGUGUUCCUCCUGUCCUUCAUGUUCUACUGGUGUUCCUCCUGUCCUUCAUGUUCUACUGGUGUUCCUCCUGUCCUUCAUGUUCUACUGGUGUUCCUCCUGUCCUUCAUGUUCUACUGGUGUUCCUCCUGUCCUUCAUGUUCUACUGGUGUUCCUCCUGUCCUUCAUGUUCUACUGGUGUUCCUCCUGUCCUUCAUGUUCUACUGGUGUUCCUCCUGUCCUUCACCAUGUUCUACUGGUGUUCCUCCUGUCCUUUACCAUGUUCUACUGGUGUUCCUCCUGUCCUUUACCAUGUUCUACUGGUGUUCCUCCUGUCCUUUACCAUGUUCUACUGGUGUUCCUCCUGUCCUUCAUGUUCUACUGGUGUUCCUCCUGUCCUUCAUGUUCUACUGGUGUUCCUCCUGUCCUUCACCAUGUUCUACAGGUGUUCCUCCUGUCCUUCACCAUGUUCUACAGGUGUUCCUCCUGUCCUUUACCAUGUUCUACUGGUGUUCCUCCUGUCCUUCACCAUGUUCUACUGGUGUUCCUCCUGUCCUUCAUGUUCUACUGGUGUUCCUCAUGUCCUUCACCAUGUUCUACAGGUGUUCCUCCUGUCCUUCACCAUGUUCUACAGGUGUUCCUCCUGUCCUUCACCAUGUUCUACAGGUGUUCCUCCUGUCCUUUACCAUGUUCUACUGGUGUUCCUCCUGUCCUUUACCAUGUUCUACUGGUGUUCCUCCUGUCCUUUACCAUGUUCUACUGGUGUUCCUCCUGUCCUUCACCAUGUUCUACUGGUGUUCCUCCUGUCCUUUACCAUGUUCUACUGGUGUUCCUCCUGUCCUUUACCAUGUUCUACUGGUGUUCCUCCUGUCCUUUACCAUGUUCUACUGGUGUUCCUCCUGUCCUUCAUGUUCUACAGGUGUUCCUCCUGUCCUUCACCAUGUUCUACUGGUGUUCCUCCUGUCCUUCAUGUUCUACUGGUGUUCCUCCUGUCCUUCACCAUGUUCUACAGGUGUUCCUCCUGUCCUUCAUGUUCUACUGGUGUUCCUCAUGUCCUUCACCAUGUUCUACAGGUGUUCCUCCUGUCCUUUACCAUGUUCUACUGGUGUUCCUCCUGUCCUUUACCAUGUUCUACUGGUGUUCCUCCUGUCCUUCAUGUUCUACAGGUGUUCCUCCUGUCCUUCACCAUGUUCUACUGGUGUUCCUCCUGUCCUUCAUGUUCUACUGGUGUUCCUCCUGUCCUUCACCAUGUUCUACAGGUGUUCCUCCUGUCCUUCAUGUUCUACUGGUGUUCCUCAUGUCCUUCACCAUGUUCUACAGGUGUUCCUCCUGUCCUUCAUGUUCUACUGGUGUUCCUCAUGUCCUUCACCAUGUUCUACAGGUGUUCCUCCUGUCCUUUACCAUGUUCUACUGGUGUUCCUCCUGUCCUUCACCAUGUUCUACUGGUGUUCCUCCUGUCCUUCACCAUGUUCUACUGGUGUUCCUCCUGUCCUUCACCAUGUUCUACUGGUGUUCCUCCUGUCCUUUACCAUGUUCUACUGGUGUUCCUCCUGUCCUUUACCAUGUUCUACUGGUGUUCCUCCUGUCCUUUACCAUGUUCUACUGGUGUUCCUCCUGUCCUUCAUGUUCUACAGGUGUUCCUCCUGUCCUUCAUGUUCUACUGGUGUUCCUCCUGUCCUUCAUGUUCUACUGGUGUUCCUCCUGUCCUUCAUGUUCUACUGGUGUUCCUCCUGUCCUUUACCAUGUUCUACUGGUGUUCCUCCUGUCCUUCAUGUUCUACUGGUGUUCCUCCUGUCCUUCAUGUUCUACUGGUGUUCCUCCUGUCCUUUACCAUGUUCUACUGGUGUUCCUCCUGUCCUUCAUGUUCUACUGGUGUUCCUCCUGUCCUUUACCAUGUUCUACUGGUGUUCCUCCUGUCCUUUACCAUGUUCUACUGGUGUUCCUCCUGUCCUUUACCAUGUUCUACUGGUGUUCCUCCUGUCCUUCAUGUUCUACAGGUGUUCCUCCUGUCCUUUACCAUGUUCUACUGGUGUUCCUCCUGUCCUUCAUGUUCUACAGGUGUUCCUCCUGUCCUUUACCAUGUUCUACUGGUGUUCCUCCUGUCCUUCAUGUUCUACAGGUGUUCCUCCUGUCCUUUACCAUGUUCUACUGGUGUUCCUCCUGUCCUUUACCAUGUUCUACUGGUGUUCCUCCUGUCCUCCAUGUUCUACUGGUGUUCCUCCUGUCCUCCAUGUUCUACUGGUGUUCCUCCUGUCCUUCAUGUUCUACUGGUGUUCCUCCUGUCCUCCAUGUUCUACUGGUGUUCCUCCUGUCCUCCAUGUUCUACUGGUGUUCCUCCUGUCCUUCAUGUUCUACUGGUGUUCCUCCUGUCCUCCAUGUUCUACUGGUGUUCCUCCUGUCCUUUACCAUGUUCUACUGGUGUUCCUCCUGUCCUCCAUGUUCUACUGGUGUUCCUCCUGUCCUUCACCAUGUUCUCCUGGUGUUCCUCCUGUCCUUCACCAUGUUCUCCUGGUGUUCCUCCUGUCCUUCAUGUUCUACUGGUGUUCCUCCUGUCCUUCACCAUGUUCUACUGGUGUUCCUCCUGUCCUUCAUGUUCUACUUGGAUGUUUUUUGUAAUUUUCAUGUUCUGGGUCUUUAUUUACUCUGAAAG